AUGGAAGCAGUUGAGUGUAGCGAGUUUCAAGUCUUUGAAAGCAAUUCAAAGCCGUAUUACCCAUCAAAGGCGGGAUGUCUGAAAGUGGGUGGACUUGUUGUGAUUGAGAAAAGCCCAUGCAAAAUCAUCAGUUACAACAAGACAAAAGUUGGGAAACAUGGACAUGCUAAAGUGACCCUUGUUGGAAUCGACAUCUUCAAUGGAAAGCGUCUUGUCUACGGGUGUCCAGCACACGCAGACGUGCUUGUCCCAAUUGUCACACGAAGCGAAUACACAAUCAUUGACAUUGAAGACGGGUAUUUGAGUCUUCUUGGUGCUGAUGGACAAACACGAAACGAUUUGAAGAUGCAAAGUGAUGAGUGUGGAAAGCAAAUUGCAAUGCUGAUGGCUGACAAGGACAGUGUCGUCUGUGUUGUCCAGAAGUACGGUGAUGUCGAGCAAGUUGUUGAGGCAAAGGAAGACAAACUUUGA